CUCUUUUUGAGCAGGGUUCUGACAAGCUGCCUUUCUCAUUAUCCCUCACUGGCAGCACUUUCAGGCAGGAAAUUUAAAACAUGGUAAAGCUGAAGCUGCCCAAUCCUGGCCUGGAGGACAGGAUACCUUCCCAUGCUGAACUUGAGGUCCUGGAGAAAGAAGAGGCAGACUCCAGACCAAAAUGGGACAACAAGGCACAGUAUAUGCUGACCUGUGUAGGGUUUUGUGUGGGCUUGGGAAAUGUCUGGAGGUUCCCGUAUCUCUGUCAGAGCCAUGGAGGAGGAGCCUUCAUGAUCCCUUUCCUGAUUUUGCUAGUCCUGGAGGGUAUCCCCCUGCUUCAUCUUGAGUUUGCCAUUGGUCAAAGGCUGAGGAAAGGAAGUGUGGGUGUAUGGAGCUCUAUCCACCCCACCCUGAAAGGGGUUGGCAUAGCAUCAAUGUUUGUAUCUUUCCUGGUGGGCUUAUAUUAUAAUACUAUUAUUGCCUGGGUGAUGUGGUAUUUCUUCAACUCCUUCCAAGAACCCCUGCCAUGGAGUAACUGUCCUCUCAAUGACAACAGAACAGAUUAUGUAGAAGAGUGUGCCAAGAGCUCUCCUGUAGAUUACUUCUGGUACAGAGAAACACUGAACAUCUCCACUUCCAUUGAGGAUUCUGGCAGUAUCCAGUGGUGGCUCUUGCUGUGUUUAACAUGUGCAUGGGGUGUGCUGUACGUGUGCACAAUCAGAGGCAUUGAAACAACAGGAAAGGCUGUGUAUGUGACAUCAACUCUCCCGUACGUGGUGCUCACCAUUUUCCUGAUCCGUGGCUUGACUCUGAAGGGAUCAACCAACGGAAUUGUGUAUCUCUUCACCCCUAAUGUCAGUGAGCUGGCGAACCCAGUGACGUGGCUGGAUGCAGGAGCUCAGGUGUUUUACUCCUUCUCCCUGGCCUUUGGAGGCCUCAUUUCAUUCUCCAGUUACAACUCUGUUCACAACAACUGUGAGAAGGAUGCUGUGAUCGUUUCAGUGAUCAAUGGCUUCACAUCCAUCUAUGCUGCCACUGUCAUAUACUCCAUCAUUGGAUUCAGAGCCACAGCAAGAUAUGAUGACUGUUUUGACAAAAAUAUUCUUACUCUGAUGAAUGCAUUCGAUUUGCCAGAAGGUAAUGUAACCCAAGAUAACUUUGAACAAAUGCAGCAGCUGUGUAACAUGACUGAUCCAGCAACUUUUGCAACCCUCAAGUUUGAAACCUGUGAUCUGGAAACUUUCCUGAAUGAUGGAGCUGAAGGAACUGGCCUAGCCUUUAUUGUCUUCACUGAAGCAAUCACCAAAAUGCCUGUCUCACCUUUGUGGUCCAUCCUCUUCUUCAUCAUGCUCUUCUGCUUGGGUUUGUCAUCUAUGUUUGGGAAUAUGGAAGGUGUGCUUGUACCUUUACAAGAUCUCAAGAUUCUACCCCCCAGACUGCCUAAGGAACUUAUAACUGGUCUCGUUUGUUUGGUGUGUUAUUUGAUAGCUUUCAUUUUUGUGCUGAAUUCUGGUAAUUACUGGCUGAGUCUAUUUGAUGGUUAUGCUGGCUCUAUUCCCCUGCUGAUAAUUGCAUUUUGUGAGAUGUUUUCAGUCGUCUACAUUUAUGGAAUAGACAGGUUUAACAAGGAUAUUGAGUUCAUGACUGGACACAAGCCCAACAUUUUCUGGCAGGUUACCUGGAGACUCAUCAGUCCUCUCAUUAUGUUAGUUAUCUUUUUCUUUUAUUUUGUGGUGAAAGUCAACCAAGAACUGCUCUACAGUGUUUGGGACCCAAGCUAUGAGGAGUUCCCCAAAACAGAGAAGGUUGAAUAUCCCCCCUGGGUGUACGCUAUCAUUGUAAUCCUUGCUGGAGUGCCCAGUUUGACCAUCCCUACCUUUGCCAUCUACAAAGCCAUCAGGAACCACUGCCAGAAAAAAAAUGAUCGUGCUGGCCUUAUUGCUACAUCUGAGACUUCCAUUAAUGGAAACUUAAAGUAUUCAUCAUAAACCCCUUUUUUUUCAAAUGUGGAAGGAUGCC